CUGCGCAAAUUUACAGUAAAACCAGAGUUUAACCAAUUAUGGAGCUGGCUCAUAGUUUGUUACUGAAUGAGGAAGCGUUAGCUCAAAUUACAGAAGCAAAGAGACCAGUCUUUAUCUUUGAGUGGUUGAGAUUUUUGGACAAAGUGCUGGUAGCUGCUAACAAGACAGAUGUCAAGGAGAAACAGAAGAAACUUGUGGAACAGCUAACAGGGCUCAUCAGCAGCUCCCCUGGGCCACCUACACGAAAACUACUAGCGAAAAACCUUGCUGCUCUCUACAGCAUCGGAGACACGUUUACUGUUUUUCAGACGCUUGACAAGUGUAACGACAUCAUCAAGAGCAAGGAUGAUACUGUGGCCUACCUACCCACCAAACUGGCUGCUGUGGCAUGUGUUGGAGCAUUUUAUGAAAAAAUGGGCAGAAUGCUGGGAAGUUCUUUUCCAGAAACAGUGAAUAAUCUAUUAAAGUCUCUGAAAAGUGCAGAGUCUCAGGGCCGCAGUGAAAUUCUGAUGAGUUUGCAGAAGGUCCUAAAUGGGCUUGGAGGAGCAGCAGCUUCUUGUCACCGUGACAUUUAUAAGAACGCUCGAUCUCUGCUGACAGACAGAUCUAUGGCUGUACGAUGUGCAGUGGCUAAGUGUCUGCUGGAAUUACAGAAUGAAGCAGUAUUUAUGUGGACGGCUGAACUAGAGAAUGUUGCAACGCUGUGCUUUAAAGCUCUGGAAAACUCAAACUAUGGUGUGCGAGUUGCAGUGUCAAAGCUUUUGGGGACUGUCAUGGCUACAGCACUGAUACCAAAACAAGCAACAGUGAUGCGACAGAAUGUGAAGAGAGCCACGCUUGAGGAGGUCUUGGAGCUCAUGGCCACAGGAUUUCUGCGAGGAGGGUCCGGUUUCCUGAAGAGUGGUGGAGAGAUGUUGAAAGUAGGAGGAUCUGUCAAUAGGGAAGUGCGAGUUGGUGUUACCCAGGCCUACGUUGUCUUUGUUACAACACUAGGAGGUCAGUGGUUAGAGCGCAACUUUGCUACGUUUUUGUCACACGUACUUGAUCUGGUCUCCCAUCCUCGUGCAACGCAGACCCACGUGGAGGCAGUUUACUCUCGAAGAUGCGUGUCCUUCAUUUUGAGAGCAACUGUGGGCAGCUUACUUGGGGAGAAAGCGCAGAUCGCAGCCGCGAAAGAUAUAUGUCAAGCCAUUGGUAAACAAAUGAAGGCAGUAGAAGCAGUGGUGAAUGAUGCUAACAGUGAAAAUAAAUCUGGAGCUGCUGAUGUAGCUGCAAGCCAGCAUGUAAUGGUGUGUGCCCUCCAGGAACUGGGUAGUCUGGUUCAGAGUCUGAAUGCCACUGCAUCUCCUCUUAUUCAAGAGCCCUCUAUUGGUCUAUUGGAGACAGUAACUUCAGUUCUUCUUCAUCCCAGCAUGGCUGCUCGACUUGCUGCUGCGUGGUGCUUGCGAUGUGUAGCUGUGGCAUUGCCUUUUCAGUUGACUCCAUUUUUAGACAGAUGUGCAGAAAGACUCAACAAUCUGAAGACCUCCCCUGAAGCCGUUAGUGGCUACAGUUUUGCAAUGGCUGCUUUGUUAGGUGGUGUGCAUCAGUGUCCCUUAGGUAUUCCUCAUGCCAAAGGAAAGAUGGUGGUUAGUAUUGCUGAGGAUCUGUUACGAACUGCUGCACAGAACAGCAGACUCUCCUUACAGCGGACUCAAGCUGGAUGGCUUUUACUUGGAGCACUUAUGACUUUAGGUCCUUCUGUUGUUCGAUACCAUCUGCCGAAGAUGUUGCUGCUGUGGCGCAAUGUGUUUCCACGUUCUCUGAAGGAGCUGGAAGCAGAGAAGGCAAGAGGAGAUUCUUUUACCUGGCAAGUAACACUGGAAGGCCGUGCUGGAGCUCUGUGUGCUAUGAGAAGUUUUGUUGCUCACUGUCCUGAGCUCCUUACUGAGGAUGUGAUUAGGAAAUUGAUGACACCCAUAGAAUGUGCCAUGACAAUGAUGUCCCACAUUCCGUCGGUAACUAAAACCCAUGGAACUCAUCUCAAAGCAAGUGCAGCUAUGGUCCGUUUAAGACUUUAUGAUAUAUUGGCUUUAUUGCCUCCAAAGACAUAUGAAGGAUCAUUUAAUGCGCUUCUUCGAGUGUUGGUAGCAGAAUUUACUUUGACAGACAACACUGCUAAUACAACCACAUCACUCCUAAGGUCUCUUUGUCAUUAUGAUGACAGUGUUCUUCUUGGCUCAUGGCUGCAGGAAACGGAUCACAAGUCAAUUGAAGAUCAGCUUCAGCCAAACAGUGCCUCUGGGAGUGGUGCUUUGGAACAUGAUCCAUCUUCUAUUUAUUUGCGCAUCCCUGCUGGUGAAGCUGUGCCCGGUCCCCUUCCUUUGGGAGUAUCUGUCAUCGAUGCAUCGGUGGCUCUCUUUGGUGUGGUUUUUCCUCAUGUCUCUUACAAACAUAGAUUGCAGAUGUUGGAUCACUUUGCUGAAUGUGUCAAGCAGGCUAAAGGUGUUCGUCAGCAAGCUGUGCAGCUUAAUAUCUUUACAGCUGUUCUUAGUGCAUUGAAGGGUUUAGCUGAGAAUAAAAGCACGCUGGGACCAGAAGAAGUCCGCAAAUCUGCUCUGACGCUGGUGAUGGGUGCCCUCGACAAUCCUAACCCUAUUCUGAGAUGCGCAGCAGGUGAAGCUCUUGGCAGAAUGGCUCAAGUGGUCGGAGAAGCCUCUUUCAUUGCUAGAAUGGCUCAGUACAGUUUUGAUAAGUUGAAGUCUGCUCGAGAUGUUGUAUCAAGAACAGGCCAUUCUUUGGCUCUGGGUUGUCUCCAUCGGUAUGUUGGGGGAAUAGGUUCUGGGCAGCAUCUGAAAACUAGCGUCAGUAUUCUCUUGGCUUUGGCACAAGAUGGAACCUCUCCUGAAGUCCAGACCUGGUCUCUCCAUUCCCUUGCCUUGAUAGUAGAUUCUAGUGGACCAAUGUACCGUGGAUAUGUGGAGCCAACUCUUUCUCUAGUUCUUACUUUGCUAUUAACUGUUCCACCGUCACAUACUGAAGUACAUCAGUGCUUAGGCCGAUGUCUUGGAGCUAUAAUAACUACUGUUGGACCUGAGCUGCAAGGUAACGGAGCUACAAUUUCAACAAUCCGCUCUUCAUGUUUGGUGGGAUGUGCCAUCACACAGGACCAUUCGGACUCGCUUGUUCAGGCAGCUGCCAUAUCCUGCCUUCAGCAGCUUCAUAUGUUUGCACCAAGACAUGUCAACCUGUCCAGUCUGGUUCCCAGCCUUUGUGUUCAUUUGUGCAGCUCCCACUUGCUACUUCGCCGGGCUGCAGUUGCAUGUUUACGACAGCUUGCUCAGAGGGAAGCAGCAGAAGUAUGUGAAUAUGCCAUGAGCUUAGCAAAAAAUGCCGGAGACAAAGAAAACGGUGGCAUGAAUAUGAAUCCUUUUGCACCAGGAGCUGGUUCUCGGCGAGACGGUCAUUCCCGGCAUCAGGGGGUUAAUAUAACGGAGACUGGCCUUGAAGGUGUCCUUUUUGGAAUGCUGGAUCGGGAGACUGAUCGGAAGUUGUGCUCGGAUAUCCACGAUACUCUAGGACAUAUGUUGUCAUCGCUGGCCGUAGAAAACCUUUCCCACUGGCUAAUGCUUUGUAAGGAUGUCCUUGCAGCUUCCAGUGAUAUGAGCACUGCUGCUCCCUUGGGAGGAGGUAAAGAUGAGGAAUUAGAGAAGAAGGAUGAGAUGGAUGACGAUACAAUGUUUACCACCUUGGGUGAAGAGGAUAAAUCCAAGCCUUCUGUAGCACCUCGUUGGGCAACUCGUGUGUUUGCAGCAGACUGCCUGUGCCGAGUUAUCAUGCUGUGUGAGAAUGCCAACAAGGCACACUUUGAUCUGGCAUUGGCUCGUUCAGCCAGACUGAAAAAUCCCAAAAAUGACUUCUUAGUACUCCAUCUCUCUGACCUUAUUCGAAUGGCAUUCAUGGCUGCGACUGACCACAGCAACCAGUUACGAAUGGCUGGUCUUCAAGCCCUUGAAGAUAUUAUCAGGAAAUUUGCAUUGGUUCCUGAGCCAGAGUUUCCAGGCCAUGUGAUACUGGAGCAGUAUCAGGCUAAUGUUGGGGCUGCUCUGAGGCCAGCUUUUUCCCAAGAUACACCGUCUGAUAUAACUGCAAAGGCCUGCCAGGUGUGUAGCGCUUGGAUAGGAAGUGGAGUUGUAAGUGACCUGAAUGAUCUCCGCCGAGUUCACAACCUGCUUGUCUCUUCCCUGGAUAAAGUGCAAGCAGGAAAGGGAUCUUCUAGCCAGCUUUAUCGAGAAAGUGCAACUACUAUGGAAAAACUUGCAGUUCUGAAGGCAUGGGCUGAGGUGUAUGUUGUUGCUAUGAAAAUUAAGAAAGAAGCAGAGACCAAACCAAAGCGUGUUUUAAGGAGCACAGAGGAGGAGGAGGAGGAUGAUUUUGGUACGGUAGAUGAGUUGCCACCAGACAGUUUGAUAACACUUGUACAGCCCGAACUGCCUGCACUUAGCCGUCUCUGGUUAGCCGCACUGAAAGAUUAUGCUCUUUUAACUUUACCAGCUGAAUUUGCUACCCAGCUUCCACCAGAUGGGGGAGCAUUUUACACUCCAGAAACAAUUGAUACAGCUAGACUGCAUUACCGAAACUCCUGGGCUCCCAUACUCCAUGCAGUGGCACUUUGGCUAAACAGUACGGGAUUUAAUACUUCAGAGUCAACAGAAGAGAGUGCUGCAGCAAUGCCCAGUUCACAGAAACGUGCUACAGCCAUUAUGUUAAACCAGACACCUGAAACUCCACCUACCACUAAAUCUUUGCCAGAGAUCAACAGAGAUCGAAUGCACCUAAUUUUGGGUGUUAGUAUACAGUUUCUGUGCUCCCCACGACCUGAAGAGCCUGUUGAGCAUGUUACAUCUUGUUUACAAGCACUUCAUACUUUAUUGGAUUCUCCUUGUGCCAGGAUCCAUAUUGCGGAGGAUCAGCUCCUUGGUGUUGAGCUCUUAAGUGUGCUUCACCGACUCCUCCUGACCUGGGAUCCUCCAUCAGUCCAGCUACUGGUUACAGGAGUUGUCCAGCAGAUAGUAAGAGCAGCUCAAGAUUAUUUGCAGGAAAAAAGAAACGCCCUAAAUGAAGAUGAUAGUGAGGAAAAGGAAAACCCUCUUGCUUUAGGAGAGGGAGGUGAGAGUGGUGGUCUUGUGCCUGGAAAAUCUCUGGUCUUUGCAGCUAUGGAGUUGCUCAUGUUUAUCCUAGUACGGCACAUGCCCCAUCUGAGUUCCAAAGUCUCAGAUUCUCCAAGUCAUGUUGCUGCCAAAUCCCACCUCCCUGAGGAAAGUGCUCCUCUUGUGGCUGCCACUGUUACUAUCCUGUCUGACCUACCUUCUCUGUGUUCUGCAGCAGGCUGUAUGACAAUCUUACCCACUAUCCUAUUUCUGAUUACAAGAGUAUUGAAAGAAACAGCAGUAAAAUCUGCAGAUAAUCAGGUCCCUCCUCCAGUCAGUGCAGCACUUCAAGGGAUAAAAACUAUUGUUACUCUUCCAACAGUCAAGACUGAUGAAACUCAGAAACAAUGGACCGGUCUUAUCCGCAGUACUUUGGCAUCUAUCUUGGAAUACUCACAACCUGAAACCUCUAAGCCUAUUCUUGAUGAAGUAAGCAUACUCACAGCUAUUGCUCUCUUCCUUUGGUCAGCAAGCACGGAAAUAAUUGGAGUGCAGUCUUUACAAAAUGGAUGUAUGAACAGAUUUAAAAGUGCAUUAAAUUCCUGUGAUCCUUGGGUUCAAGCCAAGUGUUACCAGCUUCUGCUUUCUGUGUUCCAACACACUAAUCGUGCCCUGUCAACACCAUAUAUUCAUUCACUGGCCCCUAUCGUUGUUGAGAAGUUGAAAGCUGUGGAAAGGAGCCGCCCAAACAACAACAUGGAGCUGUUAGCAGUCCAGGAAGGAAUUAAAGUCCUUGAAACACUGGUUGCCCUCGGUGAGGAGCAGAAUAGGGUCCAGUUGCUUGCCCUUCUCGUUCCCACUCUGAUCUCCUAUUUACUGAAUGAAAAUGCCUUUGCCUCUGCAUCAACAGCCUCUAAGGAUCUUCACGAAUUUGCACUUCAGAAUCUAAUGCACAUUGGUCCACUUUACCCACAUGCUUUCAAGACAGUAAUGGGAGCUGCUCCUGAAUUAAAAACACGUCUAGAAACUGCAGUCCGAGCAAGUCAGGCCAGCAAAGCAAAAGCAGCUGCUAGGCAACCACCACCCACAGUACAUUCCACCCCAACAAUUAAACUGAAAACUAGCUUUUUUUGAAUUACUUUUUAGUAUUUUUUGGACCUUACGUAUUCAGAAGCAUUACAUUAACCCCAAUGUGUUACUCCAUGUAUGUCUGUAAUACUGUGGAAUUUGUAUGUGCAAUGCUGUCAAAUAGAGCUCUGUGUAAUUACUUGAGAUCCAUGCAUUACAAGGGAAGUGGUGUCGGUGGUAUUUAUAUAGAUUUUUAGGAAAUGUAAUGUGAUCAUAUUUAUGAAUUUGUGUUAUAAAUUAUCCACUAAACCCCCCCUGUUCUCUGACUAAAUAGUUUUAUUUAUUUUUAAAAGCUACCCCAAACCUUUGAGUGGUUUUUAAAAUCUGGUGAUUGUUACCCUACCCUUGUACCAACACGCAAACACAGUGGGGACAGAGGGAAGAAGGGAAACUGUUAUGAAGUACGUACCAUGUACCAUGGGUAACUUGAAAUGCAUACUUUUUCCUUUUGAACUAUAUGUAGGGAAGGGGGUUGUCGGACUUUGAAGAUCAUUUUGGCUUGCAUGAAAAAGAAAUCCAAAUAACUGAAGAAUUUCAGCCUUU